CAGACGCGACCGGCCCAAGGCCCAACUUUUACCUUUCUCCUUCUGUCGGUCUUUCCGCUUUUCCCCUUUUCUCCGUCUUCCGCCUUUUCCCUCCCUUUCCCUUUUAUUUUCUUUUCCCCACGGCAGCACAAAGCAAAGCAACACCCAAACACCACCGAAUCCCACCGUCCUUGUCCACAAAUCAAACCUUUUCUUUUCUUCCUCACUUUCUCUUCUUCCCUUGAGAACGUUCAAAUAUAAUUCCGAUAAACGUUCCUCUACUUCUACCAGUCUCCUCUGCUCCCGAUCUCGGCCAGCGGCUGCUCUUCUUCCGUGUUAUCACCACUUCCACGAUCUCAUAUCUCUCCGACUUACCCCCAGCUUGUUCGUGACGCUACAUCCAUGGCUUUCAGAGGGCCAAACGCAACAUCAGGGAUGGGCGUUGCAGACAACAGCAAGACCACGUUCCUCGAGCUGCAGAGGAAGAAGGUUCACCGCUAUGUGAUCUUCAAGAUCGACGAGAAGAAGAAACAGGUGGUGGUUGAGAAGACCGGUGGCCCAGCUGAGAGCUAUGAGGAUUUUAGUGCUUCCUUGCCUGAGAAUGAUUGCCGAUACGCGGUCUAUGACUAUGAUUUCGUCACCGCUGAGAAUUGCCAGAAGAGCAAAAUCUUCUUCGUUGCUUGGGUCCCCUGCCGUUUCUCGCAUCCGCGCCAAGAUGCUCUAUGCAACUUCGAAAGACAGCUUCAGAAGGGAGCUUGAAGGCAUCCAUUAUGAAAUCCAGGCCACUGACCCGACCGAGAUCGAUCUGGAGGUGCUGAAAGAGCGUGCAAACUGAGAGCACUUCCCAUCUCUCAACUGUAUACAGAGUCGGUGCAGCUUGAUUGUAUCAAAAUAAUUGAAUCACCUGGGAAGGCUGAUAUCAGGAGCAAGCUUGGCCGCAAGCUUCAUACUGCCAUGAUGCUUCCCAGGUGAAACUGGGAUGGUUGUUGUAAUGUGAUAACAUGUGUUGUGUUCGUUUGUGUCUUCUCUCUUGUGUUUUCUUACACGCCAGGUUAGGU